AUGAGUGCUGUCCUCAACCAAGGUGCUGAAGAACACCCCGCAGCAUUCUGCUACCAGGUGAAUGGAUCUUGCCCCAGGACAGUCCAUCCUCUGGGCAUCCGGUUGGCCAUCUACCUGGCCGGUGCAGUAGGCAUGUUGAUUACGGUCCUAGGAAAUUUGUUUGUGGUGUUUGCUGUGUCCUACUUCAAAGUGCUUCACACCCCCACUAACUUCUUGCUGCUUUCCUUGGCCCUGGCUGACAUGUUUCUGGGUCUGUUAGUGCUGCCUCUCAGUACCAUUCGCUCAGUGGAGAGCUGCUGGUUCCUUGGAGACUUCCUCUGCCGCCUGCAUACCUAUCUGGAUACCCUCUUCUGCCUCACCUCCAUCUUCCACCUCUGUUUCAUUUCCAUAGACCGCCACUGUGCCAUCUGUGAGCCCUUGAUCUAUCCCUCCAAGUUCACAGUCAGGGUGGCCAUCAGGUACAUUCUUGCAGGGUGGGGGAUUCCAGCAGCUUACACUGCCUUCUUCCUCUACACAGAUGUAGUAGAGAAUGCGCUCAGUCAGUGGCUGGAAGAGAUGCCUUGUGUGGGCAGUUGCCAACUGCUCUUCAAUAAGUUUUGGGGCUGGUUAAAUUUUCCUAUGUUCUUCUUCCCCUGCCUCAUCAUGAUCAGCUUGUACGUGAAGAUUUUUGUGGUUGCCAUCAGGCAGUCUCAGCAGAUCAACACCUUGAGCAAAAACCUGGCUGGGGCUGCCAAACGUGAAAGAAAAGCUGCCAAGACCCUCGGCAUUGCCGUGGGCAUAUACCUCUUGUGCUGGCUUCCCUUCACCAUUGACACGCUGGUUGACAGCCUCCUUAACUUCGUCACACCGCCACUGGUCUUUGACAUCUUUAUUUGGUUUGCUUACUUCAACUCGGCCUGCAACCCUAUCAUCUAUGUCUUCUCCUACCGGUGGUUCAGAAAGGCACUGAAACUCUGCCUGAGUCGAGAGAUCUUCUCACCUCGGACACCCACUAUUGACUUGUACCAAGAGUGA